AUGAACCAUAAUUCCCAACUGAUGGAAGAUUUAUCUAUAAAAAUGAAAAUAAUACACCAGUUUUAAAAUCAACUGCAAACUUUUAUUAAUCUUAUUCUGAUUGAUCUAAAUACAAUAAAAUAUAUGAAAGAAUUGUUCAUGAUACAAAUUUCUUAAUAUCACUUGGGAAUAUUUUGGUUCAAAUAAUGA